UGUAAGAAAAAGACUGACCCAAAUUGAAGCAGGUGUGCGACGAAGAUUUGAUGUUCACCGUGUUUAGGAGUGCCAUCUGACCUAGAAAAACAAACAAAGAAACUCAUUCAAAUAUUUUUGACUGCAGAAAUUACACAUUUGUGCGACCCAGCCCAGCCCCCAGGGCCGAUCAGUCAUUCUGCUUUCAGAUAACGCAUCCCCCCGAUUACGCAGCGGGAUUUACAUGAAACUGUUAAUUGUUUGCUCUUCAAAUAGUCAGCCUGGAGCCAGCAGUCUGCCAGAAGUUAAGGACCGACUCUUUGACCUCCUCCCCCUCUACGUGCAGAGCGAUAUUCCUCCCCUGACUGAUCAGCAUGACAAAGCAUUGGCCGGGGCAGAGUCUCUUGGCACCGAUCGCUUCAUCCCACCUAGGAGAACUUCUCGACCAUCAACUUGACUUCCACAGAAAUGAGCAGCAGAGUUUUUCUCCCAGCGGCGUAGCGCCGUGGAGCUCACCGGCCCAAUAUUGGCCUUACCUCACGGAUCCGAUGCCCCCCCAGCAGCUGCCGCGCUCGGAGGAACCAACGGAGCGCCCCGGACACCUCACCGGCGCCACGGGAUUCAUGGAUAAAGAGGAAGCGCCUGGAUCUUUAAACCCGAAUGAUCAAGAUGGACAGUUUAAGCAGGAUGAAACGCAGGACAUGUGGAAAAGUGAACGGGAGAAAAGAAAUGCCGGCAAUGGGAAGAAAAAGAACUACCAGAGGUAUCCAAAACCUCCGUAUUCCUAUCUUGCAAUGAUCGCUAUGGUCAUCCAGAGGUCUCCAGAGAAGAAGCUGACGUUAGCGGAGAUCCUCAAGGAGAUCAGUACCCUCUUUCCAUUUUUCAAAGGAAACUACAAAGGCUGGCGAGAUUCUGUGCGACACAACCUUUCCUCAUAUGACUGCUUUGUUAAGGUAUUGAAAGACCCAGGUAAGCCACAGGGCAAAGGCAAUUUCUGGGCAGUGGAGCUGAGCCGCAUUCCUCUGGAGCUUCUCAAGAGGCAGAACACGGCCGUGUCCCGCCAGGAUGAAACCAUCUUUGCUCAGGAUCUGGCUCCUUACAUCAUGCAGGGACACAAGCCUGAGUCUGAGGCGCCCCCUGAACCUGUGACCUCGCUCCCUCCCACAUCUUCUGGAAACUCUUUCCCACCGCAGGAUGACUUGUACAGACCUAAGCUGGAUUCGUCCUUCGCGAUCGACUCCCUGCUACACAGCCUGAGGCCAAUCAGUGCCUCUGGGGAUUUAGAUAUGGCUUCAGGGGACUGCUGGGGUGAGGUGACUCGGGCUCGGCCUUCACCGGCUCCGCAACAUCGUUACACCUCCUCUGCUCGGAGUGCCUCUGCCAGCUCUGCAAGCCCAGCCUCCACGUCCUCCUCUUCCUCGUCUUCAUCUGAUGAAGAGUGGAAAGGAGUAACUGGGAAGCGUGUUCCUCCUGAUGUGGAAGCAGGGGGAGAUAUUUGUAGGCCACCACUGCAGAAAUCAGCCAGACAGGAAACUGUACCACCUCCAUGGGAGCUCCCCACCUCCUACGCUAAAUAUGCACCCCCUAAUGUCGUUGCCCCACCUAGCAUGCGUUUCAACGGGGGUCCUCUCAUGCCCCUGCACAGCGGGCUACCCAUCUACGGCUAUGGUAGCUCUCCCAUGACACAAAGUCACUUCUUGGGCCAUACAUACUGGCCCAUCCUCCCCACUAGACAAGUUUCAGUGAGAGCCCCUCCUUUACUCAUGGACCUGGACAACAUGUUGCAAUCUGUGCCUCCAAAUAAGAGCGUGUUUGAUGUGCUGGUACCAGCCAGUCAAAACUCUCACCCACACUAUCAGCAGCCCGGUCAGUACUCUUUGCAGAACGGGGCUCCUCUCAACCGGUACCAUCAAUACUGAGUAUUACUGUCACUCAAACAGGAUACAAAACCACAAUGACAAACAACUGGAUGCACACCAAGAUCCAUAAAGGAACUAUAUUUUGUUUGCCACUUCCACAAACUCAAGAAAUACUACAAUAAAUGUAAAAAACAAAACUCACUGAGCUGUAGACAAUGUUAUCAAUUGACUCAGAGUUUUAUCAGGGGGAGAUGAAAGUGUUUUUAUGUUGCAAUAAAAAAAAAAAAAGAAACAGUGUAUGGAGUAUUACAUGGCUUCACUGAAAGAAAACCUUUUAUAAUAACUGUACAACAAAACGAGUAUCUACCUCAGUCUUUCAGUGAAACUGUGUAAAGUCAUUGCACUGCACCUAUAGUUUGCACUGUUUCUUUAUUUGCAUAAACAAGCUUCUUUUUUUAACCUUUAUCAUCAUUUUUUGAAUGUUUUCUACCUAUUGUGACUACUGAAUGUAUUACACAUACAAAGCCACAAAGAACUGGACUACAAGGCCUAUGCAGUAAAUAUGAGCUAAAGACUGACACUGUAGAGUUAGUAAAUGAAGACAUUGCAUCUUUGUCUUUAUGGUGCGACAGUGCACAGAUCAGUGCCUACAUCUAAAUUAUGAUAGAUACCAAGAGAUACCAUUUGUUCAUGUACGUCUGUGAUGCUUCUAUUGAUGGUGGCAUUGGCCUUGUUUACUCUUUUUUUUUCUGUCAUUGUGUGUAAGGGGAAAGGAAAUCUGUACUGGGAAGAAAACAAAAGAUUUCUGGAGACAGUGUAAUUUUUGUAAUAUCUUUGUUUUAGUCUGAACUCAGUUCAAGUGAUAUAAUCUGAGAAUCUGACAGCUUGUCAUGACACUGGAGACUAUUUUUCACAUCCCGACAGCCAAAACGUACCUCAAACUGAAUCAUUUCCUGCAGAAUUUGCACUGCUGGUUAUUUUGCACUAUUUUAAUGCCAUUACAAUCAUCUUUUAUAGGAAGCUGCUUUUAAAAGUCUCCUUACCUUGACAAGUGAAUGUUUUGUUAGUUUUCUGACAUUUUACUGUGAUUUUUCUUACAAUUUCUUUUUUUACAGUACUGAGUAGGUCAGCUCAAAAGUUUUGGGUAUCCAAAGAAUGUUCUGGAGUUUA